AUGCAGCCAAAGCAACACGGUCUAGGAGCACCUUCAACUGACGCCUACGAGUCAGCUCCAGCGGAAGAGCCUGAAGAGGUGCGCAUCCUGCGAGCGGAAGUGCAGCUGCUAAAAGGCGGACUGGCGCGCGCAAGAGAACGCGAAGCAGCCGCGCUGCACCAACUGCAAGAAGUCGCGGCCGCGGCGAACGCCAAGUUGGCAGCAGCCAAUGCUGAGGUGGCGUCGGUGCGUGCUGAGCUGUCAGCGGCGAACGCCAGAGCGAAUGCGGUGCGAAGGGAGAAAGACGCGGCGAUGAUGGCGGCAGAUAGACGGAUAGACGCUUUGCAACGGGAGCUUUCAGUGCUGAUGGAAGAGAGGGAGGAGGCGGCAGAAGUGGCCGUGGCGGGACGGGAGAGUUUAGACAGAGCGGAGGAGUAUCUUAAAGCAUUGGAUAUAGCAAAAGUUGAGGUUAAGAAGCUUAGACUUGAAAGGGAUAUUUUGAUGGAGAAGAAUAGGUUGCUGGAUGAGGAGAAGAAUAAAAGCAUCGCUUCCUCUCCCCCGCUCUCUGCUUAUGUUCACAUCCCAUUCUGUCGCCGCCGCUGUCACUAUUGCGACUUCCCUAUAGUCACAGUUGGGGCCAGGGACCCGUCUGUGCAUGAACGGCUGAUAUUGAAGAUGGAGAAAUACGUGGGUCUGGUGAUCAGGGAAAUCGAAGCCAGUCAUCCUCCUCCACCUCCUCACUCUCCUCCACCUCCUCACUCUCCUCCUCACUCUCCUCUUCGCACUAUUCACUUCGGAGGAGGUACUCCCUCCCUCCUCCCGCCGGACCUCCUCUCCAGGCUCGUCGACACUCUUCGCCGAACCUACGGCCUUGCUCCGGACGCUGAGAUCUGCUUGGAGGCCGACCCUGGCACGUUCGACGAGGCUCGGCUCCGAGCCUGGGUGGAAGGCUCGGGAGUGACGAGGCUGAGUGUGGGAUGCCAGGCGUUUGACGAAGCCCUGCUGAAGGCGUGUGGGAGAUCUCACUCUCUUGCUGACGUGUACGAUGCUGUUGAUGCGGUGAAGCGCGUGGGGCUGGAAAACUGGAGCUUGGAUUUGAUAUCAGGCCUGCCAGGCCAGACCCCCGACAGCUGGCAGCACUCCCUUUCUGAAGCCAUCCGCCUGGGCCCCAGCCACGUGUCAGUCUAUGAUUUGCAGGUGGAGCAAGGCACAGCCUUCGGCCGAUGGUAUUCCCAAGGCCAAAAGGGGGGAAUACCAUCAGCUGAUUCCCCCGGCCGCUCCCCCCUCCCUGCCGAUGAUCUUUCCGCUGACAUGUACCGGGAAGCUUCCAGGCAGCUUCGUGCGGCGGGAUAUGUUCAUUACGAGGUUAGCAACUAUGCCAAACCUGGCUUCCAGUCUCGGCACAACCGGACCUACUGGACGAAUUUUCCGUACCUGGGGUUCGGGCUUGGCGCAGCUAGCUAUGUGGCUCGGAAGAGGUUCGUUCGGCCCCGAACCUGGGAUGGGUACGGGGAGUGGGUCGGGAAGUACGAAGCUAGCAACGGGUUGAUUGAUUGGCCGGAGGAUUCCAGAGAAGAGGAGCUUCUAGAUACGGUCAUGCUCGGGCUUAGGCUCGGGGAAGGCUUGGGAAUGCCGGAGCUGGCGGGUAGGUUCGGUGCGGAGGCGGCAGCGGCGGUGGGGAAAGUGCUGCUGAAAUUUGUCGAGACGGGAUUGGUGGAAUUAGUCCAAGCAAUGCCAGAUGGAAGAAUGGAGGUUAUGGGAAGAGAGAAGACUUACUUGAGAGCACUGGAGCAGCAGUGCGAUGAGAUGGUCACUCAGGAGGAGGGUGUAGGAGGGGUGGGAGUUGGUGGUGUGAGGGAGAGUGGAGAGGGAGCGAGGGAGGGGGUGGAAGGCCCUCUCGUAGGAAGAGCGAUUGAGGGUAGAACUGGCUCUUCCCUAGCCAACGUGGGGUUCUUCUUGCUGCCGUGCUUCGUCCCGGAAUACCUCCUCUCUUAG